GUCCCACUGGGCACCAGCCAUCCACCACACUGCUGUUGUCCCAUUCUUUUCUAAAGGAAGAAGAAGAAGAAGAAAGCAACUGUCCUCUAAGAAAGAUAUGUCUCACGGCGAUGUACAGUAGAAUAAAGACAGCUUUAAAAACAGCACAGGAAAUGACAGCAAAUGAAAAAGACAAAGAGGAGACACCGGCGGCAGAGACGCAUUCAUCCAGCUGGGAAAGCUUGUCUUAACAAACAGAUGGAUGCCAUAGGACUCUGUUGCUCAUUUGGCAAGAACCAAACUACAGGAACCAGGUUGCCUUUAAGAGUUUUCCCCGCCAGGCUGCAGGACUACAUCUCCCAGCAGACCUUGCAGCGGAGUUAUGUAAGUUUCUCCAUGUAAGAGGGCAGGCGAGCGGGGAAUUUCCCCCCCCUUUUUUUCUUCCCCUCCUCCUCUUCCUCCUGGACUUGAAAUCCUUUCCUUCCCCCUGCACUUUGGGCCCCUUCCUAGCUGCACAGGUGUAAACAAGACACCCCCCCAGACCCCAUCCCUGGCAGCCAUCCUCGGGCUGCAAGAGGAGACAGCCAGACAGAGGGACGCCAAGAUGUCUUCGGUGCAGACGUCCCGCAGACAAUGGUGCUACUUGUGUGACCUGCCCAAGAUGCCCUGGGCUAUGAUCUGGGACUUCAGUGAGGCCGUGUGCCGGGGCUGCGUUAAUUUUGAAGGGGCCGACCGCAUCGAAUUCCUCAUCGAGACCGCCAGGCAGCUCAAGAGGAACCAUGUCAUGCAAGAAGGACGCUCGCCGGGGCCCCAGGGUAUCAAGCACACCAAGGACGGCGGCGGGGUGGCCCUGGAGAGAUAUGAGAGAGGCCGCCUCUCCGGUGGCGACUACACCCUCAGCCCACGCUUGCCCAAUGGCUUAGCACGUGCUGCCGAGGAAGGUGAGGGCAGCCGGCAGAGCCCUACGGCCAGGCGGGCCCUCAUUGGCCCAGUCCCGCCAAGCCUGGUGCCCCAAGGGCUGAUGGGAGGCCCCCAGGGGCUGCUGGCAGCAGUGUCUGGCUUGGGGGGGCGCCCCACGUCGCUGGCCAUGGCAUCGCCAAUCCUGGGCGAGCUGGCAAAGCCAGCACGAGUGGCCUAUGGGGAUUAUGAGAAGGAGAAGCAACGCAAUACCGAGUGCCUCACCGAGCUGAACGAGGCCAUGCGCGGGCGGGCCGAGGAAUGGCACGGCAAGCCCAAGGCCGUGCGUGAGCAGCUGCUGGCACUCUAUGGGUGUGCCCCCUUCAACGUGCGCUUCAAGAAGGACCACUCACUGAUCGGGAGGAUUUUCGCCUUUGACGCGGCCUCCCGGCCUGGCUACGAAUAUGAACUCAAGCUCUUUACUGAAUACCCAUGCGGUUCCGGUAACGUUUAUGCCGGCGUUUUGGGUGUGGCCAAGCAAAUGUUCCAAGACUGCCUCAAGGACCCUGGCAAAGUCAUCUCAUCCGGUUACAAGUACCUGGAAUACGAGAAGCGCCACGGCUCAGGCGACUGGCGUCUCCUCGGGGAGCUCUUCACCGAAGGCGUGCGCUUUUUCAGGGAGUCCCCGGCGCCAGAUGCCCUGCCUCAACAGUUCCUCGACAGCAAUUAUGCCAUGCCUACCAGUCUUACGCUGAGGGCUGUGCCCCCAUCCCGUGCUGUCAUGCGGAGGCGCAAGGCCUCUCCGGAGCCAGAGGGAGAACUGACCGGCAAACUGACUGGCGAAGAGCAGCAACAGAGGCAGCACUGGCUGCCUCAAGGGUCAGGCAGCAUCUACCCAUCAGGCAUGGCCCAUCUACCAACAUCAGCAGGCCAAGGGCCCUUGCCCGAGGGCUCCUUACGAAAUGACCCCUCUCCCAUCACUGCCCUGAAGAACGUGGCUGACACACUGGGGACCAAGGAAGCCAACCCAGUCCACUCCACCACCGCCCGGCAAAACAGUGCCAGCCCGGCAUCGCCAGCUGCCUCAGGGCAACACCGGCUCGUCCCGCGCAAUGGUGAACCGGGCCAAGCAACCACCACCUCCUCCUCUUCUUCUUCCUCCGGGGCCCACUCCGGGGGAGUUGAGCCCAGUGGCACACAGAGCACCCCCGAUUCCUCAGGAGGAGCGAGCAGCGCCCCACUGUGCUGCACCAUCUGCCACGAGCGGCUGGAGGAUACCCACUUUGUCCAGUGCCCUUCGGUGCCUGGGCACAAGUUCUGUUUCCCUUGCUCCCGGGAUUUCAUUAAAGCCCAAGGAGCUGCUGGAGAGGUGUACUGCCCCAGUGGCGAAAAAUGCCCCCUAGUGGGAUCCAACGUCCCCUGGGCCUUCAUGCAGGGCGAGAUUGCCACCAUCUUAGCUGGAGACGUGAAAGUAAAAAAGGAACGUGAUCCGUGAAGGGGGGCAGCCAGGAUCCGGGACAUCGUGUUGGGGGCAACCACAUGCCCUCCUACCCUCUCUCCCAUCCACUGCGGCAAUGACUGGGAUUAGUAACUUAUUCCCUGCCCAACACCCUCUUUAGCCCACUGGGUCCUCGUACAUAAAUCUAUUUUUUAAAUAAUA